AAGUCUAGAUAGAAGGGAAAUCAAAUCUCCUGACUCAGUGUGGAGUUGAUCCCCUUCAAGAGACUGCUUGGCCUCCAACACAGCUGACGAUAGCUCCAAGUCUGCCAUAAAUUACAGCAGCUUUGUAUGACUACCUGGGGGCUGCUCUGCGCCUAGAAUAGCUGGAGUGCAGUGUGUUUCAUCCAUUCCAGCACAGUGCAGACGGCUGCAAUAUCUGAGACAAUUUUAAGCUCUGAUCGUGCUGAAUUGUUGCCAUCCUGUGACUACUCCCCAGUGUGGCCAGGAAAUGUAGAGGGUUGCAACUUCCCCAAUGUAGGGGGACUCAUAACUCCAUCCUAUAAUGAAGUGCCUCGUGUUGGGAAAUAACCCAAAAGCCCCUGCUGCCAGCAGCAAUACUGGGUACUAUGGGAUAAGUGCUGCAGGUGUGCUAGCAUGUACUGGUGCAACUCUGGUUGUAAGGAGCUUCGGGUGAGGAUGCUUCACAACAAUUCUGGAAAAGAAUGUUGCUGGGUACAUGUGCUAAACUGUUGCAAGGACAAACAAGAAAAUCAACCAUUUCCUACCAUCCAAGUUCCUGCAGUGGUUCCUUUGGUUUGCUGGAGUCAUGAAAGGAGCACAGCUUCAGGCUCGGGAACUUUGCUGUGGACUUGCAGGCGGCAGGGAGUGACGGUAUCCGGUUGACAAUGGAGAGUGCUCUGACAGCCCGUGACCGUGUGGGGGUUCAGGAUUUCGUCCUUCUAGAGAACUUUACUAGCGAAGCAACCUUUAUUGAAAACCUACGUAAACGAUUCAAGGAGAAUCUGAUCUAUACUUACAUUGGCUCAGUUCUGGUGUCAGUAAAUCCAUACAAGGAUCUGGAAAUCUACAGCAAACAACACAUGGAGCGAUACCGUGGCGUCAGUUUCUAUGAAGUCUCUCCUCACCUUUAUGCUAUUGCUGACAACUCAUACCGUUCCCUGCGCAUUGAGAGGAAGGAUCAGUGUAUCCUGAUAUCUGGGGAGAGUGGAGCUGGAAAAACUGAAGCCACCAAGAAAAUCCUUCAGUACUAUGCAGUGACAUGUCCAGCCAGUGACCAAGUUGAAACAGUGAAAGAUCGCCUUCUACAGUCCAAUCCGGUCUUAGAGGCAUUUGGAAAUGCAAAAACCCUUCGGAAUGAUAACUCCAGCCGAUUUGGGAAAUACAUGGAUGUGCAGUUUGAUUACAAGGGUGCGCCUGUGGGGGGUCACAUCCUGAACUACCUACUGGAGAAAUCUCGGGUUGUCCAUCAGAAUCAUGGAGAGAGGAACUUUCACAUCUUCUACCAGCUGUUAGAGGGAGGGGAAGAUGACCUACUGCGGCGUCUGGGCCUUGAGAAGAACCCCCAACAGUACCAUUAUCUAGUGAAGGGUCAGUGUGCGAGGGUCAGUUCCAUCAGUGAUAAAAACGACUGGAAGGUUGUGCGAAGGGCCCUGUCCGUCAUUAACUUCAAUGACAAUGAGGUAGAGGAUUUGCUGAGCAUUGUCGCUAGUGUGUUGCACCUGGGGAAUGUGCAGUUUGCUGCUGAUGAACAGGGCAAUGCUCAGGUGACCACAGAGAACCAGAUUAAAUAUCUGGCUAGGCUCCUGGGGGUUGAGGGCUCUGUGCUCCGGGAAGCAUUGAUCCACAAGACGAUCAUAGCAAAAGGGGAAGAGUUGGUCAGUCCUCUGAAUCUGGAGCAGGCAGCCUAUGCACGAGAUGCUCUAGCCAAGGCAAUAUAUGGGCGCACCUUCUCCUGGCUAGUGAAUAAGAUUAAUAAGUCUCUUGCCUACAAGGAGGCAGAGUGCCCAGGCUGGAGGAGUGCAACAGUUCUAGGGCUGCUUGACAUUUAUGGAUUUGAGGUUUUCCAGCACAAUAGCUUUGAGCAGUUUUGUAUCAAUUAUUGUAAUGAAAAACUGCAGCAGCUCUUCAUAGAACUCACACUAAAAUCAGAACAAGAGGAAUAUGAGUCAGAAGGCAUAGCGUGGGAACCUGUCCAGUAUUUCAAUAACAAAAUCAUUUGUGAUCUGGUGGAAGAGAAAUUCAAAGGCAUAAUUUCUAUUUUGGAUGAGGAGUGUCUGAGACCUGGGGAUGCCACAGAUAUGACAUUUUUGGAGAAGCUAGAGGAAACAGUGAAGAAUCAUCCUCAUUUUCUCACACAUAAGCUGGCUGACCAGAAGACUCGGAAGUCUUUAGGCCGAGAAGAGUUCCGUCUCUUGCACUAUGCUGGAGAGGUCACCUACAGUGUCACAGGUUUUCUGGAUAAAAACAAUGAUCUUCUAUUUCGGAACCUGAAGGAGACCAUGUGCAACUCAGAGAAUACCAUCAUAAAUCAUUGUUUUGAGAGGACUGAGUUGACAGAUAAAAAGAGACCUGAAACGGCGGCAACUCAGUUUAAGAACAGUCUGUCCAAACUAAUGGAAAUUCUGAUGUCCAAGGAGCCAUCAUACAUUCGCUGCAUUAAACCUAAUGAUGCUAAACAAGCUGGUCGGUUUGAUGAAGUUCUAAUCCGACAUCAAGUGAAGUACUUAGGCCUGAUGGAGAACCUGAGAGUGCGCAGAGCUGGUUUUGCUUAUCGCCGGAAAUAUGAAAUCUUCCUGCAGAGGUACAAAUCACUGUGUUCAGAAACGUGGCCCACGUGGGAAGGGCGGCCCCAUGAUGGAGUGGCUGUGCUUGUGAAACAUCUAGGCUACAAACAGGAAGAGUAUAAAAUGGGCCGAACAAAGAUUUUUAUUCGUUUUCCCAAGACUUUGUUUGCAACAGAAGAUGCUUUGGAGAUACGGAAGCAGAGUCUGGCCACAAAAAUCCAGGCCACAUGGAGAGGCUUCUAUUGGCGACAGAAAUUUCUGCACAUGAAACAUUCAGCAAUAACUAUCCAGUCAUGGUGGCGUGGAACCCAGGGGCGCCGAAAAGCCUCCAAGAAAAAGUGGGCAGUGGAGACAAUUAGACGGUUUAUUAAAGGUUUUAUUUACCGGAACUACCCUCGCUGCUCAGAGAAUGAAUACUUCCUAGAUUACAUUCGCUACUCCUUCUUGAUGAACCUCAAACGCAAUUUACCAAAGAAUGUUUUGGACAAAUCGUGGCCAACUCCCCCUCCAUCACUCUACGAGGUAUCUCAGCUCUUGAGACAGCUGUGUAUGCAAAACAUGGUGUGGAGUUACUGCAAGAGAAUCAGCCCAGAAUGGAAACAGCAGUUAGAUCAGAAAGUGGUUGCAAGUGAGAUGUUUAAGGGUAAAAAAGACAAUUAUCCUCAGAGUGUUCCCAGACUCUUCAUUAACACUCGACUUGGCACCGAAGAGAUAAAUCCUAAAGUCCUUCAGGUUUUAGGAAAUGAAACGAUCAAGUAUGCAGUUCCCGUGGUCAAGUAUGACCGAAAAGGAUACAAGGCAAGAGUGCGGCAGCUACUUCUCGCCCAGAAUGCCAUCUUCAUAGUUGAAGAAGCCAAAAUCAAACAACGAAUUGACUAUGCCAAUCUGACAGGAAUCUCAGUCAGCAGCUUGAGUGACAGUUUGUUUGUGCUCCAUGUGCGCUUUGAGGAUAACAAACAGAAGGGAGAUGUUGUACUACAAAGUGAUCAUGUCAUUGAGACACUAACCAAAACUGCCAUGAGUGCUGACAAAAUCAAUAAUGUCAAUAUCAGUCAAGGCAGCAUAAAAUUUACAAUCGGGCAAGGCAAAGAAGGAAUAAUAGACUUUACUUCAGGAUCUGAACUGCUCAUAGCCAAAGCCAAAAAUGGCCACCUUGCUGUGGUUGCUCCUCGGUUGAAUUCUCGAUAACAUUUGUCAGCAGGAAAGGAUCUGUUCCUCCAUCAAUCUGGAUUGCCUUUUAUACCAGUGGCUGGACAUACUGGCCUGCAGGUUUUGUGUUUUUUUUUUUUUUUUUUUUUUUUUUUGCUGCUUUGCUCAUUUUCUUAAUAGUUACCAAAGAACUACACUUCCAUAAAACAGAGUGAAAAUCUGAAACUACCC